UCUAACGCCAACUAUGCCCCGAGCCACGUUAGAUCCAACUUGGAAGCGCACAAUUGAAUUUGAUCGUGCUUCAUCUCGUUACAAUUUCCGACCCAAGAUGAUGCUGAUGAUCCUUCGCGAGAUUGGCAGCUCAGCUCGGGAGAAGGAAGCAGCGCGCACCGUACGCUAUCAGUGUUCCGUUGACUUCUGACCGAUGCGAAACGGGAUAAGCACGUGCGUGAAAGCAGUGUUGCGAGAGAUUGUCGACCAGUGUUUUUGUUUUGUUAUCUUUUAGGUAAAAAUAUCUGUGCUUAGAGCAAAUGUUAGAAGGAAAAAAUAAACCUAAACCAGUAUUUAAAAAGUGACAAUUCUAAGGAAGCUUGUGACAGUGUUUAGUGCUUCAGAAUGUGGAGUUGUUGAAACCAAAAACCAUGCAGCAUCAUUACCUCAACUACAGUCGAGUGCAGUGUGGAGCAAUUUCGAUUCUACUGGUGCUUCUGAUCACCUCCCGCGUCUGCUCUUUGCAAGGUGACAAUGUGUGCUAUCGUUACGAGAGCUACACCGAAACGGAAACCAUUCCACGCAAUCAAACGGUACAGGUCCUAACGAGACAGUGGUGUCUGGAAAUUCCCCCAAGGUGUACCUCCUAUCGGACCGAAAUUAAGGAAGUGUUUGUUAAGCAGAAUAUCACCAAGACACGCCGCGUGGAGUUCUGUUGCGAAGGGUACCAGGAACGGCGCACCGGAAAUGGAACCACCGGUGAGUGUCGUCCAAUAUGCCGCGGUGGUUGCAUCCAUGGCGAGUGUCAGACACCGAACGUGUGCAGCUGUGAGGCAGGAUUCAGUGGCAAACAUUGCUUGCAGAGUAAGCGAUUAUGGUCCUGUGGAUCCGUUGGAUCUUUCUUCACUUCUAUUUUGUUGGUAAAAUAUUUUGCAGGAUGCCGUAAUGGGACGUGGGGAGUGAACUGUCGCAAUCGAUGCCACUGUCAGAAUUACUCACUCUGCGACACAAAAACAGGACACUGUCGAUGCAAUGAAGGCUGGAUGGGUAAAUACUGUGAAACUCCUUGUCCUUCUGGAUUUUACGGGACGAUGUGUGUAAGCAAGUGCAAUUGCACCACCAGAUCCUGUCACCCACAAACUGGAACGUGUAUGCCGGAUGACGAGAUAGUAAUGUUUGAUAACAUCAACCGAACGAUAGAGAACAGUUUCUCCUCGGAAAGCACCGAACGGAUAUCAGCGGAGCAGUGGAUCAAAGUCGAUAAUGAAACACUUGCAGCGUUGCUCAGCAGCUCCACGGCGUUGGUUGAUGUUUCUACCACCACCUCUAGCACUACCAGAAGUAGUAGCACUUCUGAGAAUAGCACCGUAACUUCCACUACCCCCUCCUCCACUACCUCCUCCACUACCACUUCAACAACCGAAGCUACUGGACAAAUGCUACCAAACGCGACCUACGCCGAAUCGUACCACGAGUACCUUCCCAACAACACCGAGAUGAGCAUGGUGCUAACAAAAGGUCACUCACGAACUGCCAGCAACGAAAGCAUGUACGAGCUGGUGACGACUACGUCACGCGUCGAGAUCACCUUCAUCGAUACGGCGGUGAAGAAAAUUGAGGAUCCCUCCACGAUCAACCAUACAACGCCGGAGGAGGAGCCCGCUUCCCUGUCUGUCGAAAGCUCCAACGAAACCAACACCCAACUGGUGUACUUGGAAUCGGAGAACCAUCCCGUUCUGGUGGACAUAACCGAAGAUGGGAGCGUGCAGAGUGAGGCAAAUGAUCGACAGGCGUUCGUCACGAUCUCCUGCUUGCUGAUCACACUCACCCUGCUAAUGUCGGUGGUCAUCUAUAUGAAGCGUUUGAAUCGCAAAACGCUUGCCAAACCUGCCGCUAGUGUGCCACCGCCGGUGAAGAUUGUUGACGAGAGCGUCCAAACGGGGAAUGAUUCGAACCGCUCGUCUGAUCCACUUCCCGAUCUACCCCAUGUCACGUACACGCGGGUAAAGCCAAAACUGCAACGAAACGGUGAUAUCGAACACUAUGACGUUCCGCCGAAUAAUAGUUUCAUCCAUCGUGCAAAGUCAGCAUCCCCUUACAACUACAACUUCUCGGUCAACCAAAAGCAAGCUCCCAGAAAGUAUAGCCUUGAGCAUAUCUACGACGAAAUUCAGUAUCCCCCGUUGGCGGAACUGACGAGCAGUACAGCAACGCAGUCCGAUAAGCCGACGUUGCAGCCGGGUGAGAAGGAAGACAGUUAUUCCAAACCGAUGAUUCUGGCGUAGGAUAGGGCUAAGUUUGCUUAUAUGUGGUUCUUAUGUUGAACUAAAUAAAUGUAUUUUUUUAACUUACCAUAAAA